AAUUUGACUUACCUCAUGGAAACGGUAAAAGCAAAUGCUGCAUUUUUGUGUAACUAUGAAGUUAUGCUGAUCCUACAGCAACUGAAGGAAAGCACACAGAAAAAACAUAAACGGGAAGGAUCUUUGGCCACUGUUACAUAUGAGACAGUCCACUUCCUACAAGACACAGACUGUAGAGUUCAGAGUGCUGAGGGCAUUCAAAAGUUUUUAGAAGCCAUGAAGAAGUUCAAACUCACUAAGACAGAGAAACUUAUGAUGGUCAACACUCCACCCCGAACUGAAUUGGAGAUACAAUUGAUGGUUCAAGAAAGUGAGGAGAGGCUGUCUGUAGAGGAUGUGCGCAAUAUCAUCGAGAUAGUCAACGAACACCUACCAGUCCGAGACCCUAGCUGACA